AUGCGUUACUCUACCGCUGCUGUUGCCCUUGCGCUUGCUGGCUGCUCAGAAGCUGCCGUACAGGCUUCCCGUCCAGAUGCUGCAGCAGCUGAUGCUCAGCCUCCUGUUGUCUAUGUCACCAGUGUUGUCGAGCAGACCACUACCUGGUGUCCCGCCGGAGCCACAAUCACUCACGCAAGCGGUACCACCGUUCUGACUGCUGCGACCAUGAUGACUCUUCCCGUCUCCAAGUCGGCUUCUGUUUCGACCCCAGCUGCUUCCAUCUCGACCCCCGAGGCCGCUCCUGCUUCUUCAACCACCCAGGCUGCUUCCGUCUCGACCGUUCCCACUGCCGGCGCCUACGAGUCUGCUCCCGUCUCGUCUGCCGUGGCUGUCUCGCCCUCCUCCAUGGCCACUAGACCUCCAGCAUUCCCCCCAGUCGCAGUCGCAUCCAGCGCUGUCCCCGUCGCCUCCGUCGGCACCGCCAUCCCCAUCAUCCCCGGAGCGGCCUACGCAUCUUCCGCCCCUUACCCCAUCUCCAUGGCCACUGGCGCCGUCGGCUACGCUCAACCCUCUGGUGUUGCCGGCGCCGCUCAACCUUCCGGUCACGCUAGCUCUACUGGUUCGGCAGCCAAGCCUUCCUCUUCUGCUUACACUGGAGCCGCUUCUCGCAACUUUGCUGGUUUGACUGGUGUUCUUGGUGUUGUUGCUGCUUUGCUUGCUCUUGCAUAG